AAACCGUUACAUCAUUUAAUAAUGAAUCAGUCUCACGAUAGUUAGUUAUUUUAAAAAUCUUAAUUAGCAACAAAAAUAGCAUUAAUAUGUGUUGCAUACCAAAAGUUUAGCAUCGAUAUUUUACUUUCUGGCAUUCGAUUAGCUUUUAAUACUAAUAUAGCAAUAUGAAAACCAUUUAAUACGUUGAAGCUCUCUCGGCAACAAAGUCUACCAGUCAGGAAAGCUUUGAGAAAAACCGAGAAAUCGAUGGUAAACAAGUAUAAAACUCGUUUCUCACACGUUUGAGUUUUGCCGUUAAAUUAAAACUGUGAUGAGAGUUUUAACUUUAAUCCCCCUUUGGGUCCGGAUACCGGCCCAGAAAGUUUCUGUUAUCGACUCAUAUUAUCGUGUGGUAACAUUUUGUGUUAUCAUUAUGUUUAUAAACAAGUUUAAUUAUUCCUGCGGUGUUAAUGAACCUACUGUAGUCUGAUAACUUAUAAGCAGUCAAGUAGAAACGUAUCCAUCCAAACUUUACGUUCAGCCAUUUAAAAAUAAACAAAUAAGUCUAGUGGCGUGUUUGUGUGUCGUAAUAAUAAAAUUUUAUGUGCAGGUAUUUAGAUGAUUGCCAUAGCUAUAAGACUCAGAACAUUUGUGAGAAUUCCAUUUGUGUUAGACGAAACUUUUUUAUUAAUGUACUUACUAGUUAUACCUACAAAUUGAUUCAGUUAAAAAACCCCAAACGGCUUCAAACAAAUAAGUUAACAAACUUUGAUAGAAUUAAUCCAAUAAAAUGUCGCUUCAUAAAUAAAACUCAAAGAUCAGAAAAAUAACUUCAGAUAAUUGAAAACUUGUACGGAAUCAAUUUCAGAGGCACUCAGCCCCCACUCAGGGAUCGGUGUGUGCAAACUUGCCGCAACCAAUUUCCAGGCAAACGUCCCGGCAUCAAAUCCAAUAGGAAACGUCAUAAUCAUAUGAUAGGUGCGGCGCAUUGCGCCCACCUGUCGCCGCGCGUGCGUCCCGCGGUGACGUCACGCCGAGCCGAGCGCCGCCGGCCGCGCACGAGCGUGCCCGACCCGCGGACCGCAACGGAUUGAUCCGAGCGAGCCUCCGCGAGCCGCUAAUCAAAUCAGCCAAUCGCUGUUUGUACAAAAAUACGUCGCCUGAGACAUUACUACACACCCCCAAUAUCUUAUAAUAAUAUGUGUUUAAGUCAUUCCAUAAAACGAAUUUUCCAUGCGCUAUAGUAUGAGGGUUGCGAGGAGCGGUUUCGGCGCGUGUCUCGCCACGGCUCCUUAUCUAGUUCUUAAUCCAAGAUAAAUAUUACAUCAAUCGGGGGAGGAGAGCGCGGCGCACGCAGGCGCGGGUGUCGCCGGCCCAGUCCCGCUCCGGCCGCGCUGCCCGCCGCACUUCGCUCUCGCGGGCGCUCGACCCGGCGGCGACUCGCCCGCUGCCUUUUCGACGACUCCUACAAAUAUUCGUGUUGUAUACUCCCUGUAGUGAUCACCUCGGACCGACGCCGGCACGUACCCGCCGAUUGUCCACUCGACAGCCGCGAAGGUCGUCCACGUGCCCAUCCCGUUGCGUAAGUCGGGAAAGCGAAAACUCGCCGAAAACGAACCUCUUCUCCUAUUGACACGCGAGAAAAACAAACGUACAUGAAUAUCGAUCACACCGUGUUUAUCAUUGCCAUGGCGUGCGAAUACGGGGAGCACUCCAUGUGUGUUUAUACCUCGCCCGAAGUAAAUAGUGUCUUGUAUCCAAUGUGUUAGCUAGGUUAGAAGUGGCUUUCUUUUUUAAUGGGGUAAUCCGGACCGCGCCCGCGGUUUUUAACCCUAUAGUACGCAAGUGCUGGUUGACCUUAAAAACGCGGCAUGGAGACGAAAGUUUCAACGUGAGACUAUGUUUGUCUAAGAAGCUUAAAGCAAUAACAUAUUAAUGUUAUUAUGCCGACGUACUCUCAUGGGAUUUGCACAGAGAGUCGGCAACUUUGUUUAUGCACGUCUUACAUUAAUUCUGUAAAGUCUCUCGUGUGUAGAGUCGUAACAAUAUUCAAAUUAAUUCGAAAUUAGUUCGGCUGUAACACACAAUACGUUUCGUUACUAAUUGUGGUAAUAACUCAUACAUAUUUGAACGUUAACUGCGUCCAUAUAAUUUCUUUUUAUUCAAAGUUAGCGUAGUAUUUGCACUGUUGCUUCGUUACGUUCCCGUAUUUGUAUUCAAGGCAGGCACUCAACUUUUUUUAAUCGCCUCUAAUGACUUCUCCCCCUAAUUAAUAGCGCUUGACAGUUCACAAAUUUGAAUUUUCUUCGAAUUUUGUGCUGGCUUUUAGAAUUUUUGUGGAACUCCAUUUUUUUUCUCCUUUACUGAUAAAAUCAGCAAGUUUAUAAUAUUUGACAUGUAAAGUCAUGAAGCAAACAAAGUUAGUGGCUUUUCACAAUUUUCCAAGGUUUGCACAAAGUUUAAUAAGGCAUGCGACUCACAGCUUAAUUAUUUCCCAAAUGAUGCUUUUUACUUCAAAGAAACAUUUUCACGAUAUUGAGCAAAUCAUUAAGCAAUAUCUCAAACAAAAUAUGAAAUACUUUUUGCCCUCAAUUCUUUCAUCAAUUGUCUUCGUUCAUCUGUGAAAAUACUUAUUUCUAAAUGUUUCAUGUUCUGAGUAAAUAUCUUACGCAUAAUUAUUCAUUUUACAUCGCUACCUUACUUCUGCUAGUUACUUUGUUUCCAUCCAAUCUUAAUUAAUACUCCUCUUAUUACAAAACAUCUUUUGUUACCUUAUCCUUAUCAAGAAUUGUAAUUUGAAAUGCGGAUUUUCUUCCCUCAUCGGUAUUAGCACUUAGAUUAAGUAAAUCACGUUCCUUUUCAAUCGGAGAAUUUAAAUCGUCAUUAAUAAUGUAUGAAACAACAUUUUCUUCUAUCAUUUCUUUCUACGGACUGUAUUAUUUGGUUAUCCAAACUAUUUCAAUACAAUAUCCUCUAGGUUAUCAAGAAGUCAACAAGUUUCAUGUUGAUCUUUUCGCAAAAGACCACUGCUCGUAUUACAAAAAAUAUCAAAUAACUUACUACGAUAGAUAUUGAAGACUCGAGUGUUUCGUGUGGGUAGUACAAUUUUCUCACUAUGUAGUCUUACUAAAAGUCGAGGACAGGUAGUAAUAAGAUAUUGCUGGCUUACGCAGCCCGCUGGACGUAUUUAGGCACUCGCCCGUUGUCACACGUUUGAUAGACGAUUCUAAUAGGCGAAAUCCUGUCGUUGAAUCAGAUUGACAGCUGGAUAGAAUUUGGAUUGCUGAUUUAGAUGUAUAGGAUCUUUCGUAACUAAAAGUAAUGUUUACUUUCAACUUGAAAACUUUCCCCUUUAACUUUAUUCUUAUAACUCCAUCUUUGUAGAGGCUCCCAGAAAUCAAACCAGAGCCUUUCCUAUAACAUCAAUUACUCGCUCCCAUCGGCCACACUUAACUUUUCGAAGUAUUCGGGACCCCUGACCACGGGUUCCGCUUCAAACCCCUUCUAUUUUUAGUCUGCUUUAGUAUUUAUGCACGGAAUUACCUCAUAACUUAUAUUGUCCAUCCUUCGUCCUACAAAAGUCCUUUAGUGACCUAGAAAGGUAGCUAAACUUGUGUGAGUUACGGACUGAGGCGAAACUUAAGGGACUCGCUGAAAUUUACAUAGGGUCAUUUUGGAUUAGUUUCUGCCUCUUCUAGUUUGUGUAAAUUAUGUCGUGUUUUUGUAGUUAGAAUUGCUUGAAUUAGAGUAUUUGUGUAAUUUUGUAGACGCACUAAUCGUGUUAAUCACGUCUCGUUUUAAGAUCUCUCUCGUCUGGUGACAUUCAGCUCACGAAUCCUAAUUUCGUCCUAUCCUAUUGAGUCUGAAACUUACCAAAUGUUUUUAGAAAACGUUCAAGAAUAUAGCAUUAAAUGCAAUCAUAAUUAGGACUAAAUUCGCCCCACGAAUCUCUGCUGACCGCUGUUAAGUAUCAGUGAAACAAAAAGAAGAUAGAUGCUCAAAAAUCUAUCUCCUUUUAUGUAAGCUUAAUCUAGACCAAGUCAAGCAUAAUAGGCAGCGAUUAAUAAUUUAAACGAUGAAAAAUGUAACCACCCAUUCCGUAUAACCUUUAAUUCUUUAAAUCCAGUGUUUCUCGGUAAGCAUGCGGUUAACCGAGUAAUUUCUUAUCAUUUUAAUAUUGUUUAAGUAGGGCGACUUGUAGACUGAACCGGGAAGGUAAAACCGUUCGCUUGAUAUGAGCCCUGGUCACGACAAGUUUUAAUAACGGAAUCACGCAGACAGCCGUUUGAGAUUGUUACUGUAAUCAUUUAAAAGAAAUCUUUUAACUAGGCUUUGCCGUUAUUUAUGUAUAGUGUAAUUAUUAAUAAGUUGUAAUUUUUUUUUUCAUCAGAAUAAUAACAACAGCCUCUUAAAACUUAUGAUUAAAACAAUAAAUUUAUUGCAUAGCUUUUUCGGAAAUCAGUUUCAAUCAAAAGUCCUUUGAAACAAAAGCAAAAUACAAGCCUCCUUACUCCAUGACCAUAAAUACUAUAUCACCUAAUUGAAGUGUCGGUUCAAUAAUCAAAUAAAUAGAUUCUAAUCAAACAGUUUCAACCUCAAAAUGGAUUAUAACAAAGGCGUCAAGAUUACGCCCGAGUCGCAGGAGGCGUUCAUAUGUCGAUGUGCGCCGAUUCCCGACCCAUUCAACUGGAGCGAUUUAGCCCCAAACAAAAUUAAGCGCGCCGCAGACUCGCAACAACAUAAAUUGCAGGGAAAACGUUAGCUUUUAAUUAAAAGAUUUCAUGUGGAUUUGUUUAUAUCCUGAGAGGUUUUUGCUAAGUUUUCUGAGGCAGGGAUAUCAUGUAUGAUAAUAAGGUCUAAAUAGAAAAAAAAAUACACUAAUAAUAAAUGUGUGAAAAACUGUGUGUAUUAGUAACCCAUACACACCAAUAUUUCGAGUAGAACCGAUAUUGAAAUAAUACUUUACGAAUGUUAAUUAUGUUAUUCUUAUCACCAACAUUAUCUAUUAGAAAGCCAUAAAUAUAUAACCAACUUUCAAAUACUAUUUAAUGGAAAACUAUUUUUUUUAUUCAAUGCGAAUAGGUAUUUCACCUACUACAAAUAUUUCCAAAAAAAAUUAGUAUUCAUGACACUGAAGGAGCACUUUAUCUAAUUUCCAACAUUUUUACAAUUCAACUUGAAUUUGUUUCGAAGAACUUGAAAUGUCAUUUAACGGUCUGGUUAGAGUUUUGUUGGAGGCCUUUAUUUUGAGACCUCUCUAAUUAAACACUAAUUGAACGUUUUAAUUGACUUUUUAUGUUACUUUUUACGGUCCGCCCUUUGCUAUUAUAAUUACAUAGAUAUAGUAGAAAUGUAUAUAUAGUGACAUUUGUAAGGCGAAGUGUUUUGUUUGAUCAGGGUCUAAUUAAUCAUUUAUCUUCGUUAAUUUUCUGUUUUGUGUUUCUAGUUAGUUCGUUUUAUUCAUUUGUUUUAUCAGUAUAAAAUGAGUUGUGCUGUGUUUAAUAUAUAAGUGAGUUUCAUUUUUAUUCCUGUUGUAUUGGAAUCAGUUUUGCGUUUAUAAAGUUACUUGGAAAGAGUAAAGGACAUGUUUUUUAGGACAUGGUUUUUAGUUUGUAAAUUAAGCUUGUAAAAAAAUAUGACUCUUAAUUAGACUAUAUUUUUUUAAGAGCAGCUAAAAACUUCUUUGGUAUAAUACCAGAAAUAAUUUAAAUUCAUACUUUUAAAAGUUCUCUGCAAUGCAUAUUUUAAAUCUGGAUAAUACAAAGGUGUGCCAAGUAUCUGGCGGCCGCAGCGUUCCAGCUUAGUGUCAGCUAGCUAAUGCGGAAUGGCAGGCCAGCACCCCUACCACCAACACUUGAACUAAAACUGUUGUAACUGUUGAAGGGAGAAAGCAUUCUACACGAUGUAGCGCUCCAUCUCGCUCACACAAUUGCUAGUGCCUUGCUUUAAGACAUAGUUGUGAGGGGCCCCUGAAGGCGAACAUUCAGCUAUUGUCAUUCAUUUCGAUUCGCUUUUGUGUUGCCAACUGGAUAAUGUCGCAUGAUUUAAAAAGGAUUUCUCGAUGGCAAAUAUUCUUUGUAAAUUUGUGUAUCUUAUUUUAAAGUUUUGUGAUCUUGCGUUGUUUUCUCAUUUUAACCAUUAUUGUGUAUCUGAAAUAUCGUUUCAUUACUUUCAAAAUAUUAUAUCAUUAUUGAAGAUUCUUGAAAAACAGAAAAUUUUUGAAGGUUUGAAUUAAAGACAAAAUCAUGGAAUAGAUUUCAGUGGUUUUUAGUUUGCAUAAACGUUAACAUUCCAAAGGUUUUUUCGAUUAGUUAGAUUGUGGCAUUAUUUUCAAACCAUUAAAAUAACUUUCUUACAUUUUAACUUUUAAUUUAUAAGUUCACAUUUUGAAGUCAUUAAAGUUAAUUAGCGUCUCUCAUCAGUUAGGUAUUCGAAUUAGCACAUUCAGUAAUUACUAGGAAUGUAGGUCUAAUCAGAAUCGAAUUCCACUCCGAAGGUAGUAGGGCUGGUUAUAUAACUUAAAGUCAAAUUUACUUUAGUAACUAACUAUUUGUUUUUUCGUCCUUACAAAAACUUGAUUAAAGACUCCAAAACUAGGGUCCAAAACUAGUCAAGAUAUCCCAAUAAUUAUGACUGAACAAACUGUUAUAAAAAACGUCGUUUUAUCUCCAAAUACACAUUGUAUUCUUUUCGAAUAGCCAAAUCUAAAACAUUCGAGGGCGGCAUAAAAGGCAACUUAUAAAGAAUCAACUGAGCGUAUCAAGUCGCUUUAUUUACGGAGCGCGCAGCAGGCCGCCCAUUAUUUACGUACGACUGUUACCGUUAACUCGACAAUUAAUCGCUUAUAUUGCCGUUAAACUGUGCCAACAUAACGUCACUUCUACUCACUGUUUUAUUACCCGUAUUGGUUAAGUUUUGAGUUUACUUGUGCCGUUCUAGUUGUGCUAGUGCUUGUUGGUAAAGGUAGUUUUAUUGCUAGUGUUGUGUGCUGAAAACGGUUUUUGAGUUUUUAGUUUGAAAUUAAAAACAAUGUGGACCAGGUUUUCUUUUUCAGUGUGAUUAUAUAUAAAUUUAAGAUUAUUUAUGAUGAAAUUACUUAAGCAGUAUAUGAAUUAAAUCAAGCCUGCUGAAUAACAAUAUAACCUAUUUAAUAACACCAGUUUAUAACUUUGACCUGAAAAUUGAAUCUAGGCAUGGCGUUUAACAGCCAAAUUAUACAAGCCUACGAAGCAGCUUAAACGUGUUAACCUUCACUAAAUUGCAGAAAUAAAACUUUAUUAUUUAUUAUUAAAACGCACAUUUACAAACGUAACCCUUUUGACUGAGUGUGCUUAAGUAAAGCCGAACAAAUAAAGUGAAGGAAGCUUUUGACUAGUUUACGGUUCGUAUUGUGCCAUAAAACUGUUGAAUUAGUUGGCCCCGGGUUAUAUUAUAUGACUUAUAUUUAGUUAGGCCUCGUUCACACUCAACUUGAAGACAGUAGGCAGUUUUGAGUAUACGCUGUUAACUUCAUUUUAGAUAACUUACUACGGCGUAGCGCUCGUAGCUUCGUAGCCGAUUAACGUAGGCGUUGCGUAGAAGCUUAGUUCAAUUGUCACCUGAUCAGCGUAUACAUGACGUAAAUUGACGGAAUAGCGUAGGGCGUUUAUUCACUGUAAAUGAAAAGUUGCAUAUUUGGCAUAUAGAACAACGUUCGUACACGGUUAGGGAUUGACAAAUCUUUGACGUGAAUACAGCCUUAGGAUUUGUUGGCCCCUAUUUAUUAAGCCUGGAAAGCUUACUGCGUUAUCCUUAUGGAAUGGCUGCGUAAUUGUAUUUGUAGAGUUGGCUUUAUAUGGUCUUUGUCGGCUCAUUCAGAGAAUGCUUGGUUAUCUUGGCUGGGAUGGCUGAGGAGUUAUAUACUAAUAUAUGUCUUGGACUAGUCGUCAAAAUUGCAUGUCUCUCAUACAAUCUUUAUCUCUUUUUAGCGCUUAUACGCGGUUUCGUAGUACUUUUUGGUGUAAAACGUUUUAAAACCAAAUAAACAUUCUUGUGAUUGUCAGAAUUAACUAUUUCAACCUAUAAAUAAAGAAAAAUGUUAUUUGUUCAGUAAAUAAAAGGUAACCGACUCCACGCAAAAAUAACACGAACACUGUAAAAAUAAAAACUGCAACACUCAAAAUAUAUUUCAGCAUAAAGCUUUUAUUUAAAACGUUACUGCGUUGCGACCGAGAUACCAAUUAUCAGUCUGAGAUAUUAAUAAUAAAUGAUACACGAACAGCGACCGGCAUUUUCAUAUCAAAAAUCAGCACACGUGUUCCUGGCAAAAACACAGUGAAAAUAACCUCCAUAAUAAAAUAUUUUCUACAAUUGCAUUAUUCGCUUUCGUUAUCCAAUAUCGAUGCCUGUUGUUAAAAUUUUCACGUGAAAAAAAUAUAUCGGAUUUUUAUGUACACUGGCCGAAAAUAAAAUUUAAAAUAAAAUUGUUUCUGUUCGCAAUAACAUCUCGUUUGUGUAUGUAAAUGUGAUUGUAUUUGUAAUCGAUUCAUAGAAUCGCGUGUUUCGUUUCGUUGUGUGUUCUGAUAGUCUGAACUGAAUCCCCAGAACUGAAUUUAAAAAGGUUUAUUUUUGUAAAAUUCGUGGAUUCACUUGUAGUUUUAAAUGUCGUUGGAAUCAGCUAGUUUUUUGUGACGUGUCUACAGUGGGAAGUGCAUCUUUAUUUCAAUGAAUUUCAUGUAAAAUAACCUAUUAAGUUUACUUAAAAAACAAUAUUUGUAGGAAUAAUAAAAAUAAGGCCAACCUACAGAAACUCUGAAAUUUCUAUAAAAGGCUCAAUAAAUCGUGAAUAAAUAAAGCAAUAAACAAUAUUCCACAACGGUUUCGAGAUAAAAUCUAACACGGAGCAUUAUAUCAAACCUGUCAAGAGCAAGAAAUAAAAUCGCGGUAUCACCGCUCCUUAGGGACUCGAUACACAUAAAGUUUCCGAGUAGCGCGAGCCGCGUGGGCCGCACGAGCCGCACGAGUCGUACGAGUCGUGCAAGUCGCAUCGCUCGCGCGACCCGCACGACAUCGCGAUACUACGGAAACGUUACGUUACUCGACCAACUUCGAGUGUGUAGUUUCUGGUGAGUUUAUGGACGGUAUUUUUAUAUAUUUAAGUAGGCUUACACGUGGUAUCGGUGACACGAGAAUCGUGUAUUAAACUAAAAAAAUAUUUCUUUUUUGGUUGCUGUUUGCAAACGUUGCAGGACUUACAGCGUUUUAACUUGACUAAUCCACAAUCUUGUUAUUCAUCUUUGAAUCUGAAAAGUAGUUGAAAACCUAAGCAAGAAAAUCAACAGCUAAAUUCAUAAAAAUCCCGGUACCUAAACAACCAAAAUUAAUAAUUAAUCAUCCUCAAAAUAUAUACUCGGCAAAAUUUAUUUAAUUAAAGAACCGGCCCGUUAAAAUAACUCAAAAAGUCGGGAUAUAAACGAAGUAAAAAUAUAAGAAAACUUUCUUAAAAAUAUACGCUCACAAAAAGUUUAAUCUCUGCUUUACGAAGUCAGGAUACAGUAUUUAAUUACCGAAUACGUAAGAUAUGUAUCUUGUAUAUUGAGGGCGAAAAACGCUGACGUCAAACUGUUCAUAACGAAAUAAGUUCACUUGUACCGCGUAACAGACACGUACUUUCCCACCUGUGUCUCGAGGAACUUAUGCAAAUAUGGAGUUGUCUCAUUGUGAAGUGUUAAGUGUAUGUGCGUUGUAAGUUACUUUCUAUUGACGUACCUAAUGUGAGGAUAUGUCUCGGUAAUUUAAAGCUGCUGUCUGAAAUUUGUGUUGCUAGUUUGUGAGUGAACUGAAUGUAGACUGUUUUUGUUUGUCUUCGAAACAGUUUUAAGGUUUUCGCCUUUAUUUUUUCUUCUUUUUUAAUGUCACAUAAACAGUUUUAAGGGUUUCGCGUCUUCUAUGUUACCCUGACUAGAGCUGGCAUGUCUGAUAAGUCUGUUAGGUGAGCACGUGUAAUAUAUGUACUAGAUAUUAAUUCUGACCCGAAAAUUCAAGAACAGUGUCCUUUGGUAUCCGGAUUUUAGUCAUAGCACACAUAGCUGAUAAUUAUCCUCGUCAACGGUAGAAAAGUAUGGUAUUACAAACAUAGUCAAUUUAAAGUUAAGCGUAGUUAACUGAAGCUCACUUAACAGUUACCAUUCCCGCAUGAUAAAAUAUCUGUACGGCCUAUAAAUUCUAAAAACGCACCUCACAAAAGAAAUUACAAGGGCGAGCGUUUUCUUUGAAAUAAAAACCCCACGGAAGAAUAAACACGCGAUACGUUUUUCUUUCAUCCCAAAAUACCAUUGAGGAUGUUUAUUGCCGCGUGAGCAUGUGUGCGUUCAGCUUUAUGUAUGGCAUGGCUGUCUAAUGCUAAUUCAUUGUCGUGUACCCCCGUCCCAACUCAUAAUAUAAUGCCAACUUAUGUCGGCGUUUCUGUGUUCGUAGCCUAUGUAGUUUAUGCAGAGCUACAAUGCAGCACCUUUGCCGGCCAGGUGUGACGUGUAACAUUACCAAGUAUUCACUGAUGCUGAGAUAAUACAUACUGCCUUCUAAAGUCACAAGUUUAUUGUUUUGACAAAGUUAUGUGUCGGUUGUGGAAUUUAUAUACAACCUUGAUAAUUUGCUUAAUUCGAAAUAAGUACGUAUAGUAAGGUGCUACCAUUUCAACAUUUUCUAUUCAACAUUAUUCAGACAGGAUUAUAAGAAUGUAAAUUUUGUUCAACGAAAUAAGCAUAUCAGAAUUACAUCAGCCAUUUUCCAGUUAUAAAUGUCAGCACGAACAAUGCGACAAUGUUUUAUGUAGAUGGAGAUAACAAGACGUGAAUUUAUUAUACGUUGUGUAUAUUGCUGUGUCGCCCAUUGAUCUGGCUCGUGUUUAAUUUAUAGUGAGUGUUGGCUGAGAGUGGCGCAGCGGAACCGCAGCGACGCACCCCUCGUCUGAAGGGGCUUACAAUGUCAGCCUGUAGCGGCUCAGAAACACCGCACACGCCGACACCCAUCGCUCAGCUCGCCGCUGACGUCACUGCUGCACUUUAAAUAGGUUGCACUUAAUGAAGCGUGCCUAAAGGCCAGCGCACAGGUUAAGAAAUUAUGUGAAGCUAUUUUCACGAGGGUUGUUAGCCACCCUUUUAAUGCUCAAAAUGACUUGCACCUUUUCACUAACUAUCGCUAUGUAACCAACGUUAAUUACCGACUGUUGGUUUUCCAACAAAUCAGAUUAACAUAAAUCAAACCCGUCACAUUUAUUUAUUUACGAAUUAAUUCGACAUCCAGCAAUGCAUGAUCACCGCUUUAGGCGUCCGUUGUUUAUCGUUAUAUAUCAGCGGAGUUUCCAUCUCAUUUAGUGUGCCCCGAAACUGGUCCAAGUUGAAUCGACCCGAAUUAGUGGGCACCGAGCCUCGUCACUGCGCCCGAUCCUAUCGGCGCAAUGAGAUAUGAAAUGUAACUCAGUGGUCACGGUAUAAACAGGAUUACAGAUCCUACGCUGACGUUGACGUGACUGUCAGGCGAGCGGGUCGUUUGUCAAAAUAUUUUGGAACGUAUCACGUGCUCGACAUUGUGUGCGGUCACGAAGCUUUGUCUCGGCGGGCCCGGGGCGGCGACGUCAAAGGAGAUUAGGUUCGUUUACACAAUUGUCGCGUCCCCUCGACCCGGCGGCGACCAGCAGCGCGCGCGACCUCACCGCCGCACGCUCGGAUUACGCGACCCCGACACAGAAAGUCUUCGUGUGCAGACGUGGACACUCUAUCUAUACACUCCCACAGGGACUCCUCAAGUAAUCUACUGUGUUUAUGGCUAGCGCUUGAUAAUCAUAAUUAGGACAGUGUAAAAACAGUGCUUAAAAAUGGCGUGGGGCUAUUGGUCGGCUUCGUCGGUGAUGCCCGACCGCGGGCGCAGUCCGCGCCGCGCGGGCACCUCCGCAGUGCACGUGCACCCUAACCCGCCUACUGCGAGAGAGGUCAUGGAAACCCACGACGAGAGUAUCAUACACACGGCGUCGACGUCACGCGACAGCCGCGAACACUCCGCGUCGCCUCACUCAUCAUCUAACGGUGGACACUCUCACCAUCAACACGAGGUGCGCCACGCGGUACCGGCUAGUGCGUUGUUCGGGGAGAGCUACGGUGAGCUGUCCCGACGGCCGUCGCUAGACCUCGGCUCAGUGCGUAGUGCGUUAGCAUCGUGUUCGGGUGGUGGAACACUAAGUGCCGGUUCGACGUUGACGCGCGGCGGCACGCUGGCGGACUACCUGCCGCCGACGCCGUGUCCGCACCACCACCGCGUGUACGUGGACCACCACAAGCACUACGAGCAGCCCAUACAGCCGGUGCACGUGGGCGUGGCACACCACUCGCACUCGCACGCCUCCAGCAGACACCACACCGACGACGAGGACGACCUUGAACCGGCCUACGCUACAGGUAUGUCAUACAUUCAUAAUGACAACUAGACAUUAUCGACAGUAAUUUCACCCAUCACUCGAUAACCAUUUUCUGAGUGAAAUAAAUGACAGUGUUUAGUAACAAAUUGUACCUAUUUAACUUUACAAAGUAAUUUUGUAUGUAAUAUUUCUAUACAUCAACAGCACAUGACUCGAUACGAUCGUAAAACAGUAUCUAUUACUGGGGCCACGCUUGGCAACACUGACAGUUUUAUAGCCUUCAAUAUUUUAUUCGCCUCUAGUGGAUUGUUGAAUGAGGAUAUAAAAGGUCGCAACUAAAAAGAAAUAUGUUUAUUCCAUUUUCAAAAGAUACGUUACAAAUUAAAUCGAUUGUGAGAUGUGUUCUAAUUAUAAAUAUGUAACUAAGACUUGGUGUUGUUGCUUGUGUUGCCAGCAAUCAAAAUACGUAAUAUUAUCCGGAUGGGAGUAAGUCAUUAAUUCCCCGCAGCUCCGGCAUUGUAUUACAUUAAUUAUAAAAGUUUUCCGUCUUAUUUCGUUAAUGUAUUUGUAGCUCUCGUGGCGACCUACUUUCCUGUCUGAGCAUUCAUCGCGGCCGGUCAGUGUUGCCAACUUCGCAUUACUUACACGUUUCAGGAGGGGUAGCAAUAUCCAAGUGUGUUAUAAAAUGAAAAUAACUUUCAAGUCUGCUUUUGAUACUUUCUACUGCAAAUAUUUCUUGUGAAGGAGUUUUGUUUAUGAGUUUGCGCUUUUCUGAAAUGACCUAAAAAGGAGUCAUUUCUGUGUCUAGCCCUUUUUUGUCUCAGUGCUGGGCAAACAAUUCAUACUCUCUUCUCAAUACUUUGCUAUUUGACAUUAGUUAAAAUAGAUCAUCCCAUCUGCAUCGCCUAGAGCUGAACAUUUCAUGAUGUCUUUUCCUAUUUGUAGGGAAUAGUUAAAUAAAUAAAUAGUUGAUGAAGUUACAUUCGUGCCCUUCGAGAAGAAAAAUCAUGGUUUUGGAAAAUCCUUGUUAUCUUCAUCCUUGCGAGUUUCCGUCGUCCUCUCAUAUUUAUUCACUGCCGUCACCGGCCGGGUCAUUCGUCGUAUCGUAUAUCAGUGUCGUAGUGUAACCCGCCCCCAAACCUCUGCUUACAGUUUAUUAUGAUUACAAGCAAACUGUACUUGUGUAUAUAUAGCCUUCGUACAGUUGGUAUUAGUCGAAUUAUGGUAUUAUGGAAAGGCUGCUUGUAAAUCAAAUUGAUGUGAUUUUUAUAAAUGAAAGUAAAAUUUAGUGGUAUUUAGAUUAUCUGUUAGCCUGUAUGUGAUUUUUUUUUUUGGGAUAGAAUCGGCAACACUUCGCGCACAUUGGAUUUCGCGUGGUGACCUCAACCACUCAGCUAUCAGUGUUCUCAUAUUAUCAGUGUUUUGCACACAACUGCAUAUUUUCUAAACUAAACGUGCUUCUAUUCACUACCAUGAUGACUUUUAAAAGGCCUAGGGGAAUAAGUAAGCAAGUAGUAAUAUUUGCAUUUACAAUGAUAAAGCUCACUUCAGUAAUUCCCAGAAUUAUCUAAUGGUAUGCACCCAGCAUACAGUUUUUGUUACCGAUAUUUACUACUACUUGUAUUAAUAAACUACAAAUAGAACAGUUCACUGUAAAGCCUGAAAUACAAUUGUAUUACUUACACACAAUCACCUCUUAAAUUGCAUGAUCAACAAAACCACCGCUCUGUAACGACAGCCCACAUCGCGACUUCCUUUACUCGCGAGAUUCGUUCCCUGUACUUUCAUUUGCUGCCUAAUGAACCGUGCCGUCUUCAAAUCUCGUCUAAUUUAAGCGAAGCCUUACCGAUGGCAAUCAAGAUGAUUUGAGAGAUUAACUGUUUAUUGAAAGAUUUUGUUGAAACAUGAAUGGUAUUUUGGAUACGAUUUCGGCAAGUGACAUGUUAAUCUAUACUAUCUAUACUUCUAUACUAAUAUAUACGGCUGAAGAGUUUGUUU